GGACCCUGGCUAUACGUGUUGCGGGCAGGGUGGGCGAGAGGUUUGGCGAUGUGCAGGUCCCGGCGACUGCUGAGGAGGAAGGAGAUAUUGAUAUGUUGGACUUACAGACGCAGGGGAGGAAGAAACUUGAUGCUGUUCUUGCAGGGUGGUGAUCAGGCUGGGCAAGGACUAUGCUUACCGCGGCGUAGCGGUGUGCUUCCGCUCGGAGAGAAUCUGGGAAGGGGCAGCCAUCAAUGACUGCAGCGCUGGCUCAAAGGCAGUCACGCGUUGGUGUGCACUCGUUUUUAGUUCGACCGGCCCAGGACUCCACGACACGAACUAUCGCUACAUCCAAUAUCGCCAACUAUUGCUACCCUUGUGGCUCACAAUCGCUUCUAGUAGUCAUGCGUCCCGCUCGCAACACAUCGCCGAUGGCGAACCCCACAACCACAUUCAGAUUGCCAUCGGGAGCGACGACUGCGGUCAGGCGAAGAGAGCACUCAAGACGAACCGGUGCCUCGCCGUAUGGGAUCGGUACCGGACGCCCUGUAGGGUUGCGUAGACCCCGAGUACAUCAUACGAUCAGCGUCCCUGCCGCUCUCGUAAUCUUUGACCGCAAGGUCUACUUGGCGAGCCGAAAGCGUCUAUUCAGGGCACGCAUAAUGCACAAAGAACAGCGCAGUCGAAGCUCCAGUCAACUUAGUAGGACCGUUGUCCCAGAGCAGAUCACCUCUGGCACUCCCAGCUCCUCCAAGACGUCCGGCGUGCCUCUCGAUGACAUCCGCAAGGCUCUCCCGAUGACCAGGGUCAGCAACGAUUCAGACUCGUCCUCGUCCAAUGCGUCAAUGGAGACCAUGAAAACUAAGAGGCAACACCCGUCGAGACGCCGUUCACAGUCCACCUCUCGUCCUCGGUCAAAAUCUGAGCUCGGUCCGUACGGAUUCGCCGAGACCGAGAGCGUCACCAGACAAAAGUCGCGUUAGGAACCGCACUCAGAUGAGCAAGGGAUUUACCGUUUGAAUAGGGAUCUCGUCACAGCGAGCAUAAGGCUCUCAUUGCCCCCAAAUCUGCCGAACGAAAAGUUCAAGCUGUAUCUGGACCA